UUUUAUAAUCAACAACGUAUUGAACUUGUUUAAAAUGAAGUUGUUACCAUCAUUAUUAUUCUCUAUGUUCUUCUUACACUUCUAUUUUUAUUAUUCUGCAAGUAUCAAUUUUGAUUACUUCAUGUUGGCCGAAACAUGGCCAAAAUCCUUCUGCAAGAAAAAUCAAUGUAUCCCAAAUGUCCCAUUAGAAUUUACUGUGCACGGUCUCUGGCCUAAGAACAACACCCGACCUCACACAUAUGAAUGUUCAACAGAUCCAAAUUUGGUUGACGAUAUGGAUACUAAGCUUAACAAAGUUUGGCCGUCUUUAACGGGAAACAACAAGAAAUUUUGGAAUCAAGAGUGGAAAAGGCAUGGCACUUGCUCAAAAAUGUCAUCGGUUAAUUACUUUAAUCACGCUAUAGUUCUCUAUGAGAAAAAUAAUAUCAAAGACAUUCUAAAGAAGCCUCUAACACCGGGUGGAGCUGCGGCUCUAACACCAGGUGGAGCCGCAAAUUCAGCUGAUAUUCAGAUGCUUAUAAAGUCAGUCACGGGAUUUGAACCACAACUUGAUUGUGAAAAGAAUUCUGCAGAUUUGCUGGAGGUUAGAUUAUGCUUUGAUACUGAUCUAUCAAAUCCCACCUAUAUAAGCUGUCCUUCUCAUUUAGUCUGUCCACGUCGUAUAAAUUUACCAUUAUAAAUAUUUAAAAAAUAAUACUUAUUGCGUUUGACUAGCAAAUUGUAAUGAUGAAUUGUCUGUUUAAGCUAUUUGCUUGGACAAACAAUUUUUAUAAUUGAGAUGAAUAAGGUUAAGGUGUGAUGCUAUUAGAAUUGAGAUGACUAAGGUUAAGGUGUGAUGCUAUUAUAUUUAAGAUGAAUAAGGUUAAGGUGUGAUGCUUUUAUUAUAAUGUAUAAGUGUCAAAAUUA